AUGUUCGGUCUCGUCAGCCCCACACUCGAAGCCAUGCGCGUCAAGGCCUCGUACGUUGACGACUUCAGUGGAGCUGCUGUGCUCGACAGCAUCGUCGAGCCCUCGCUGGACGAGCCGUUCCAGGCGUUAAUCGUCAAAUGGAUGGAGGUGGACAUCCCCUUCGCCUCCACGAACCUCGUCAAGAACCGCGACUACGUGUACGUCGACGCCACGGGCUUCAUCCGCUGGAGAGAUGGCGAGCGUUUGGCGUAUCACCUCAUGCACUCGGUGAGCUUCCCGAAGACACCCGAUCUGCCCAACCGCGUGCGCGGCAACAUGUCCGCGCUUGCGUUUUGGCGCCAAGUUGGGCCGAACACUAUGGAGCUCUUCGGUACGGCCGUGAUGGACCCUGGUGGUGACAUGAUCAAGAGGAUCGCUGUCCCCAACAUGGCCGGAGUCUUCUUCUGCACGCUGAAGUACGCCUACUGCGGCCAGAUGAAGAAGCUCAACUUCAUGCUGGACAAGAAAUACGCCGAGUCCAAGCUACAUGGCGCUCCAAACCGGAAGAACAUUUGUGUGACGUGCUCGGCCCCGAUAACCGGCAGGAGAUUGGGCGACUUUGGCAAGAGCAACAGCACGUGCAAACUGUGCUUCGGCUUCGUGUGCCACGCGUGCAAGAUCGUCCGCAAACUGAGCUUCGUGGACCCAGAUCUGCUGCUCUCGCAGCGCAAGGUGACGUUCUGUACUGCGUGUAUUAGUGAGGUCACGAGCAUGAGCGCCUUGGACGUCGCGCGCGCGCAGCUUCUGGCCACUGGGAAGGUCUACCGACCGCAUUCGGGCUUCCAGUCCUCCGUGUCUUCGGACGGAUUCAGUACUAAUAGUAUGGUGUCCGACUAUUAG